AUGUUUGGUGAUUGGGUACCGACAACGAUGCACCUUACCAACACACCCUCAGGUGCCACCGGUACCGCUUCCUCCCCAGAGGGUACCACCAGCUUGAUCCAAGACACCUACACCAAAAUGACCUCCGACAUCCUCGCGGAAAGGACACUCAAUGACUUCCUAAGUGAACAUCCUGGUGAAUUAAUUAGGACUGGGAGCCCCCUUUUUGUGUGCACGGUUUUACCUCCACAUUGGAGGUCCAACAAGACCCUUCCCGUGGCUUUUAAGGUGGUCGCACUGGGGGACAUCGGGGAUGGGACUGUAGUGACUGUUAGGGCGGGAAACGAUGAAAAUUAUUGUGCGGAGUUGAGGAACUGUACGGCUGUUAUGAAAAACCAAGUAGCUAAAUUUAAUGACCUUAGGUUCGUGGGAAGAAGCGGAAGAGGGAAGAGUUUCACCCUGACGAUAAUGGUGUCUACUAGUCCGCCCCAGAUUGCCACAUACAAUAAAGCUAUUAAAGUUACUGUAGAUGGUCCUAGGGAACCAAGGUCCAAAACAAUGCUCUCUCUUCUAGGACAGCAGCAACAGUUCCAUUUUGCCUUUGGCCAGCGGCCGUUCCCUUUUGCAGCCUCUGACCCCUUAUCAGGCUUUAGAAUGCCACCCAUAGGAAAUUGUAACAAUAUGCCUCAAUUCGGUUUAAGUAGUGCAAACUCCCACUGGGGGUACGGAGCAGCAGGAGCAUACUCACCCUAUUUCACAUCGAGUACGCUGGGGUCUUGUGCAGCACCCACCUCGCAAUUCAAUACUCCCGCCCUUGGAUUCUCUGGAAGCGCUCCAGAUCAGUCAUCUACACAAGAUGCCUUUAGCACUAGCUCUGCCGUGAGUUCCUUACUCCCGGAAGCAGCUUCCACAGAUCUGGAUCAACACCUAGGUCUAGUUUCUUCCCAAAAUCAUUCAAACCACUCCCAAACAGUCGCUCAUACGUCGUCACUUUUAGUUCCUCGAUACUCUUCUAAUCAUACUGAUUUUGCUCUUUCCGGUCCAAGGUCGUUAUCAGAUAAUUCAAGUGCUGCGGAAAGUCCUGUCCAGGACGACCUGUUGUCUUCACAAACAUCAUUGGGUGUUAAUCACGUCAACAAUUCUAAUUUUCCGUUGCAUCAAAACAUGCCUCAAAGUUCAUAUGCAUCCAGCAACUGCAACAAUUCCAUUUAUCCAGUACUUCCCGGCUUGCUUUAUUCUCAAUUGUAUUCAGCUGCUAACCAAACCCAUAAUUUUCAUUCUCUGCAUUCGCAUACGACCCAUGCUCAACAUAACGACUUGCAAAGCGUCAUGGAUCACAUUUCUACUAGUAACCAGAGGCAAAUGGUGAAUGGGAGCACAGAUUUGCUUCUGACCAACAAUGGCACUUGUGCAGCUGCAGCUGCACGGCAGGAUGACGGUCACAGUCGCGGUCUGAGCACGAAUGGAGCUCAACGAGGACCAGGGCAGAAUGGGGAUGCAGUGGUUUGGAGGCCCUAUUAA